UGGCGUUGCCUGGCUACCGCUAAGAGUUUAAUUGGGAGGAGCGAGAGGAACUUAGAGACUUCUGGUGAGAAUAUUAUUGGAGGGCUAGGGAUGUGGGGGGCUAGGGGGGAGGCAUGGGGGCUAGGGAUAGGGAUGGGGAGACACGGGGCUAGGGAUGGGGGACAGUCAUGGGGGCUAGGGAUGGGGAGCCACGGAUGGGGCUAGGGAUGGAGGAGGCAUGGGGGCUAGGGAUAUAGGGGGAGACAUGGGGACUAGGAAUGGGGGCUAGGGAUGGGGGGCUAGGGAUAUAAAGGGGAGACACGGGGACUAGGGAUAUAGGGGGAGACACGGGGGGCUAGGGAUAUAGGGGGGAGACACGGGGGGCUAGGGAUAGGGAUGGGGGAGACACAGGGGGCUAGGGAUAGGGGAUACACAGGGGGAUAGGGAUGGGGGGAGGCAUGGGGGGCUAGGGAUGGGGGACAGUCAUGGGGGGCUAGGGAUGGGGGAGACACGGGGCUAAGGAUGGGGGGAGGCAUCCCCAUGCCUCUCCCUAGCCCCCCAUCCCUAGCCCCCUGUGUAUCCCAUAUCCCUAGCCCCCCAUGUCUCCCCCCAUAUCCCUAGCCCCCCAUUCCUAGUCCCCCAUGUCUCCCCCCCUAUAUCCCUAGCCCCCCAUGCCUCCUCCAUCCCUAGCCCCAUGUGUCUCCCCCAUCCCUAUCCCUAGCCCCCAUGCCUCCCCCCAUCCCAAUGGGGGACAGACAUGGGGGGCUAGGGAUGGGGGGAGCCACGGAUGGGGCUAGGGAUGGGGGGAGGCAUGGCGGGAUAGGGAUGGGGGAGCCACAGGGGGCUAGGGAUGGGGGAGGCAUGGGGGGCUAGGGAUGGGGGAGACACGGGGGGACUAGGGAUGGGGGAGAGGCAUGGGCAGUUAGGGAUGGGGAACAAACACGGGGGUCUAGGUAAGGGGAAAAAUAGGGGGGCUAAGGAUGGGGGACAGACAUGAGGGGCUAGGGAUGUGGUGGGCAGACAGGCAUGAUUUAUUAGAAGAGGGUGCACUGUCCUCAGUGAUAAUUGUACUUCUGGGGGACAGUGACAGGAAUUAUUGUCACUUCUUGGAGACAUCACUAGGAAUUAAUAUCACUUCUUGGGAACAGUUAUGGGAAUUACUGUCACUUCUGGGGACAUUACUAGGAUUUGCAAUCACAUCCGGGGGCAUUCUCAGGAAUUACUGUCAUUUCUGGUGGCAUUCCCAGCAAUUACUGUCACUUAAGAGGGUCAUUACUCUUGCAUCCACUUAAUUAUGUAUUUUGUAAUGUAUAUUUAAAAACAGUUUGCAAAAGCUGCAGAUCUCUUGUCUGCUGCCUUUGUAAGCCCUCCCCUUCUAACCCCGCCUAGACUUUAUGUGGCUGUCCAAUCACAGACUUCCCAAUUCAGCAUAGUGAGUUAAACAACCAGGAAGAAACAGGGCUGGUUGUCUCUCUGACAGCCAGGGGGUGUUACAAGAUUAAUUCUAUUUCCUAUUUCUAUUGAAAUCUGUACUUUUUGUAAAAUGCAAAAAAUAGGACACCCUCUUCACACACAAAACUCUUCAACAAACUAAAGUGCUUUAGAGGUUUCACAGAGCUGGAAAACAAUAAGGUGCAGUACUUGUGCUGAGUUAACAUUUCCGCAUUGACAAUGUCUGUUUUGUCCAACCUGGACGACAUUGAUUAGCAGACAAAAAGACAAGGUGGUACAGAAGUCUCAAGGUGUGCACUGUUUUUAGUGUGGGUUGGGUAUUGUGAAUAAAAUAAUGAAAAAGCUUCGUAGUGACACAAGAGUGGAGAGUUGAACAGAAAUUGUAAGAUAUGUAUUAAGAAUGUGAUCUCAGUAGGAUGGCAAAGAGGAGUAGGAGAGCCCAGAUAUGCAUAUUAAGACAAACAAAGGAUGAAGUUGUGGACACAAACUGUUGAAUGUGUAAUUUGCUGGUAGCCUUCGGCAGGCAAGGUGUGUUGCUUGAGGAUAACAAUUAAUGUUCUAAUUUUGUUGGGUCAGGUUCUGCAUUUUUGUUUCUGAUUUUCUUGGAUAUAUAGUGACUAGAAUUUGGGUAAUUAGAACGAAAAUAAGUAACAGUGAGAGAGAAAUCAAAACAGAAUUAUUCACAAAAGUCUUCACUGUCAGGAAUUCAAAGCAAAUUUCACAUUUUAGGACAAACUGCAAACAGUUGACUUUUGGCUAUUAUAGCCUGCUACAUGUAAGAUUAUUAUUGAAUUUCCCAACUCAGUACUGAACUUAGUGCUGAUCUAGGUAUAGGACCUCGGUAUAGGUCUAUACCUAGCACUUUAGUACCAGGAAAACAAACUCAUUUUCCCGGCACUAUAGGGUCAUUAGGUCGCCCCCACCCUCAGGGCCACCCUCCCGCUGGGCUGAAGGGGUUAAAACCCCUUCAGCCACUUACCUUUCUCCAUGGCCGGGCUCCCUCUGUGCUGGGGAACUCUCCACCCCCUGCCGACGUCAGAUCCAAAUGCGGAUGCGCGGCAAGAGCCGCGCGCAUACAAACAGCCUAUAGGAAAGCAUUACUCAAUGCUUUCCUAUGGACGGCCAGCUUCUUCUCACUGUGAUUUUCACAGUGAGAGUCGCGGAAGCGCCUCUAGCGGCUGUCAGUGAGACAGCUACUAGAGGCUAUAUUAACCCUCAGUGAAACAAAGCAGUUUAUCUUAAACUGCUAUGUUUUCAGCUGCAGGGUUAAAACUAGAGGGACCUGGCACCCAGACCACUUCAUUGAGCUGAAGUGGUCUGGGUGCCUAUAGUGGUCCUUUAAUAUUAAAUAUAAUGUUUAUCUAGGUACUUUAGCAAUCAACUAGACCGACUUGAAGUUUUACUUAACUGUCAGCAUAACAUUAAAUUAACCAGCUUGAAAUGGGUAUAUACCAGGCUUUGACAUAACGUAUAAGUUUUAAAUUGAGUUGGAAAAUUCAGUUGCUGCUUCUGGGUAAGAUAACACCACGUUCCCCUUUUUAUCCUAUGUCUUUUGUAUUUUUAGCAAUACAGCUUCAACUCAGAUAAGAAAUUGUCAUGUGUCCUGCUCUGCAGACAAACCUGGAACCUGUGGUAUGUAAAUAAAUACAUUUACAUUUAAUCAACAAACAUUAGUUCUCAGUGUUUGCUAAAACAUCCUGCUAUUGGAAAAUGUCAUCCCACUUUAUAAUAAUGGUCUUGUUAGAGAAAAAUCUCCUAAUUUAUGCAAGAGAUGUAUCAAGGUGUGAAAAGUUUUAGCGUGUUAUGUCCUCAACAUCACUUGUAUUAAUGGGGUGCUGUGGAGAUUAUGUACUUAAAUGUUUAAAGGGACACACCACGCUCCAUCACUACAGUUAUCAUAAUGAUUAUGUUGCUAGGAAACUAUGGGUCUUUUGUUGUUUGUAAUUGGUUUGACAAAAAACAGGACUCAAAGCCCAAGUGUCUUUGUUUCAUCAAGUGGCCUCUAGCACCUUAAAAUAGUAUGAAAUCCUAUCUGAUAUACAAAAUGCGUGGUUGCACCAUACAGGUCUUUCUGGGCCCAUUAUCAUCCUUCACGAUAACAUUUGUGUAUAUGUUUGUACAUACGUAUAAUAAUAUAUGGAUCUUUAUGGGUUAUGUGAAAACAACUAUUUAGGUGAAUUAAUGGGUGUUUGGUUCAUGUACUUUGACUAUUAAUUUGCCCAACCAACCACUUGUGUCUACCCCAAAUCUGGCAGGCAAUGACCUAAGUUAUAUUUUAUACUCCCAUGCAAAUCACUUGACUCCAGCAGAUACUGAUCGCAUGUUUAUAGCGUUCUUUGGACCUAAUUCACCAGGUAACUGAGUUAGUGUCAAUUGCCCAACCCAUAAAAUAAAUAUUUUCCCUCUUGGGGAAUGAAAAGCCUCAGUCACUGCUAUGAUAAUACCAGUAGCUUUAUUCCAUAUAAACCAUGCCAAAAAGAUUGAUGAGGAAAGUAUACAGAGAGGAAACUGCAUAGAUCAGUGAUCACUUGGUGGUUUUUGAUUCAUUACAUUCACUGUUUAUUGAAUAAGUGCCUUACUGUUAUAGUUUUGUGAAUUGUAACAUGAGAAAACUAUUUUUUUACUCUUAUUUCUGUUUCAGAGCUUCACAGACCCUUAUGAAAAUUUUAUGCGUCACCACCUUCAGUAUUAUGGCUACUUUAGAGGUAAGGCUAAGUCAUCACUGGACUGGUCAUUAGCAUCAUGGGAGUAAUAUUGAACAAAACCUGUCACACCAUCACUGGACUGGUCAUUAGCAUCAUGGGAGUAAUGUCAAACAAAAUCUGUCACACCAUCACUGGACUAGUCAUUAGCAUCAUGGGAGUAAUGUCAAACAAAACCUGUCAUACCAUCACUGGACUGGUCAUUAGCAUCAUGGGAGUAAUGUCGAACAAAACCUGCCACACCAUCACUGGACUAGUCAUUAGCAUCAUGGGAGUAAUGUUGAACAAAACCUGUCACACCAUCACUGGACUGGUCAUUAGCAUCAUGGGAGUAAUGUCAAACAAAACCUGUCACACCAUCACUGGACUGGUCAUUAGCAUCAUGGGAGUAAUGUCAAACAAAACCUGCCACACCAUCACUGGACUGGCCAUUAGCAUCAUGGGAGUAAUGUCAAACAAAACCUGUCACACCAUCACUGGACUGGUCAUUAGCAUCAUGGGAGUAAUGUCAAACAAAACCUGCCACACCAUCACUGGACUGGCCAUUAGCAUCAUGGGAGUAAUGGCGAACAAAACCUGCCACACCAUCACUGGACUGGCCAUUAGCAUCAUGGGAGUAAUGGCGAACAAAACCUGUCAUACCAUCGCUGGACUGGUCAUUAGCAUCAUGGGAGUAAUGGCGAACAAAACCUGCCACACCAUCACUGGACUGGUCAUUAGCAUCAUGGGAGUAAUGGCAAACAAAACCUGUCACACCAUCACUGGACUGGCCAUUAGCAUCAUGGGAGUAAUGUCAAACAAAACCUGUCACACCAUCACUGGACUGGUCAUUAGCAUCAUGGGAGUAAUGUCAAACAAAACCUGCCACACCAUCACUGGACUGGUCAUUAGCAUCAUGGGAGUAAUGUCAAACAAAACCUGCCACACCAUCACUGGACUAGUCAUUAGCAUCAUGGGAGUAAUGGCAAACAAAACCUGCCACACCAUCACUGGACUGGUCAUUAGCAUCAUGGGAGUAAUGGCGAACAAAACCUGUCACACCAUCACUGGACUGGUCAUUAGCAUCAUGGGAGUAAUGUCAAACAAAACCUGUCACACCAUCACUGGACUGGUCAUUAGCAUCAUGGGAGUAAUGUCAAACAAAACCUGUCACACCAUCACUGGACUGGUCAUUAGCAUCAUGGGAGUAAUGGCGAACAAAACCUGUCACACCAUCACUGGACUAGUCAUUAGCAUCAUGGGAGUAAUGGCGAACAAAACCUGCCACACCAUCACUGGACUGGUCAUUAGCCUCAUGGGAGUAAUGUCAAACAAAACCUGUCACACCAUCACUGGACUAGUCAUUAGCAUCAUGGGAGUAAUGUCAAACAAAACCUGUCACACCAUCACUGGACUGGUCAUUAGCAUCAUGGGAGUAAUGUCAAACAAAACCUGUCACACCAUCGCUGGACUGGUCAUUAGCAUCAUGGGAGUAAUGUCAAACAAAACCUGCCACACCAUCGCUGAACUGAUGGUAUGGCAGAUUUUCUAUACUCGGCAUAUACAUUUUAAUAGACAUCUGUGGUCAUGCGGCAAGAUUUUACAGAUAACUCAUAAUCCAUGUUGCCUUAUCUGAGAAACUGUGUACUGUAGAGGAUAGGAUAGGAUGUCUCCUGCUGUAAUCGAGAUAUACUUUACAUACACCACUAACAGGAGAGGUAGUCUGAGUACACCUAAAAAGUCAAAGAUCACAUUUUUUGAUCUUUCAUUUAGUGCCCAUCUCUCCACUUUAUAUUAGGACAUUUAUGAAAUUAUACAGAAGAACUGCAUUAAUUGAACUGUUGUCCUUUAAAAUGCAUCUAUAUUUAGGUGUUAUCUGAUUGCUGUAUUAAUGGUCUACAAAUAUUGUCAAGAAAUCUGUAAAGUGAUCAAAGUCGUCUAUAACCGAUCUAUUUAGGAAAAUAUGUGGGAAUUGAGCAGCUCAGGAAAUCAUUGGAGCUAUAUAAAUAAUAGUAAUUGUAAUAAUAAUAAUAUACUUUUAGCUUCAUUUUUAUUGAAGUGCAUUUCAGCAGUAUUGAGAUUGACUUUUUAAAUGGUUAAAUGAAGAAACACCAUUUAUUGUGCGAACAGAAAAAUCUGAAUUGUUAUUGAUUAACCAAAAUAACAGUAGCGGUAAUUUGUGUUUUUCCUGCAGGGCUGAAAGCUAAAGAUGACAGUGUCCUGUUAAAGACAGCUCCACGACAACGCAGACCCACAGAGGAGGCUGAAAGUGACUCCGAGCGGGAGUCUUCUCUAGACGAUCAGAAAAAACUCAUUUGUGUGUAUGGCAGGCGGAAUAAGUAGCAUGUUAUAGACAUCUAUGCAUUUACUACAUUUGCAAUUGCAGGGAAUCUGACCAGGGAAUUUCAUAUCCCAGUCCAUAAUAAGUGAUCUAGGUGGCUGAGUUGGGGAUUUAUUUACAAUGUGUUUCAUUUGGAGAUAGCUUGUAGUCAUACAGAAUAAACAGUUCCAUUAUUUUAGAAAAUGUAUGCAUGAGUGUGCAGCCCUGACAUUAGGGAGACUGUAUCCAAGGAUGGAAUGGUGCCCCUCUCAUCAAAAACUCUUAUUUUCCAUUAAAGGAACACUGAAAUAAAAUGGGUAAUUUAUUUUUCAUGUUUUCUGUGGGGGUAUGUUAAAUCAUGGUUUGCAAUAGCUGCAGCUACUGCAAGCCCUCCCCUUCCUCCCCAGUACAGACCUUUUGUGGCUCUCCAAUCACAGUCUUUGCAAAACAGGUGACUUGAAAUAUUUUCUGUUUCUUGAGUUUAGCUUCACUGAGCUAAACAACCAGGAAGUAACAUGAUUGGCAGGUGGGAGGUGGAGCCAGUUUAAUGUAUAUAAGUUCUGAUUUUAAUUCUAAAAAAAAACGCAUUCUGUAUGUGUUUGAAUUGCUAGUUUAGUCCAUCCAUUACAUUUUUCAUUAGAUAUUUCCUUAUUUGGUGAAUUGUUUGAAUGAUAUAUCAAUAUAUAUGUUGGACAUCUGGAGACCUUCAUGUUGCUGUCUAUUCAUAUUUACCCUAUUUGCAUGUCAACCUUUUUUAAGUGCACCUGUCAUCCCAAUAUAAUUUGGUAUCACUUUAAAGAGCAUGACAUUUCAUCACAUUUACACUCUGCUAGUCAAAGAAAAAUGAACAUUUUCAUGCUUUGACCUUCUUUUGAUAUAGCGGUAAGGUUUACGAGGGCUACUGAGGUUUUAUGGGAUAUAAAAUGUAAUACAUUACUUUCUGGCAUAAUGCAUUGACUGUAUUUUUCUUGUAGACUCUCUGUUGCUGGAGGGAUCCCUUUUUAAGAGUAAACAAAUUGUAUUUGAUAACCAAGAAGGACAGGUCAUCCCACGUCUUAAAGAACCCCGGGAUUUAUUUAAUUCUUCCAUACAAAGUGGUGUGCAAACCCCACGGUGGCCAAAGGAAUGCGAUGUUAUCAAAAAAGCUAUCACCCAUAUUGGUAAGAGCCUGGUACAGUAAAAGUAAACCAGUAAACCUGUCCUCAGUAUAUACCACAAGGCGUAACUACCUGCUGCUGACUUAUAUUAAAAACUGCUGAAUAGUGUUCUCGUACUAGCAUGGGCGUCCGCAGGGGGGGCAAGAGGGGGCACUUGCCCCCCCCUGGAUUUUUCAGCUUGUUCUGCUAUUUUUCGUGUGAGAUUUAAAAUGAACUGCAAGUAGGUGGCGCUGUGUAUGGAGAGAGACAGGGAUAGGAAGCUGCAUCUUAUCCCUGCUUCUCUCUGCUGAUUGAAACCGCAGGGGAACAACACAUGCAGCCAGAGACAGCCUACAGAUCAGGGGAGUGGGGGAUGGGGGGGAGGGUUUGAGAGGGGGGCAGCAGCCUAUAGAUUUGGGGGGCAGCAGCAGAUAGAUUUGGGGGCAGCAGCCUGGAUUUGAGGCGCAGCAGCUUCUUUGGGUGAGGGGGGCAGCAGCCCAUGGAGUGGAGGGCAGCAGCCUUUGGAAUUUGAGGGCAGCAGCCUUAGAUUUGAGGCAGCAGCAGCCUUUGGGGGAGGGCAGCAGCCUUUUAGAUUUGAGGCAGCAGCAGCCUUGCUUUAGAUUGGGGGCAGCAGCCCAUAGAUUUGGGGAGUGCAGCAGCCCAUGAUUUGGGAGGGGCAGCAGCCUAUAGAUUUUGGGGGAGGCAGCAGCAGAUAGGUUAGGGGCAGCAGCCCAUAGGAUUUGAGGGGAAGCGGCAGCAGCCUUUGGAUUUGAGGGGGUGCAGCAGCCCAUAGAUUUGGGGAGGGGCAGCAACCUUUAAUUUGAGGCAGCAGCCUUAGAAUUUGAGGGCAGCAGCAGCCUUUAGAUUUGAGGGCAGCAGCCUUUAGAUUUGAGGGCAGCAGCAGCCUUUGGAUUUGAGGCAGCAGCCCAUGGGUGGGGGCAGCAGCCCAUUUUGGGAGGGGCAGCAGCCUAUAGAUUUGGGGGAGAAGCAGCAGCAUUUAGAUUUGGGGCAGCAGCCCAUAGAUUUAGGGAGGGGGGCAGCAGCCCAUAGAUUUGGGGAGGGUGGCAGCAGCCUAUAGAUUUGAGGGCAGCAGCAGCCUUUAGAUUUGAGGGCAGCAGCAGCCUUUAGAUUUGGGGGCAGCAGGAUUUGGGGAGGGGCAGCAGCCUAUAGAUUUGGGGGCAGCAGAUUUGGGGGGGUGAGAGCAGCCCAUAGAUUGAGGGGGGCAGCAGCCUUUAGAUUUGGGGGCAGCAGCCCAUAGAUUUGGGGGGGGCAGCAGCCCAUAGAUUUGGGGAGGGGGGCAGCAGCCUAUAGAUUUGGGGGUGCAGCAGCCUAUAGAUAUAUAGAAAUGAACAGGAAGGGUCAGCAAGGAGCUGGAAGGUAAAGCAGCACAAAGGUAAAGUAGAAGGAGCAGAAAGGGUCAGAAAUGAGCUGGAAGGGGCAGAAGGAGCACAAACAUAAAGUAGGAGAAUGAGCAGGAAGGGCCUGCAAGGAGCACAAAGGGACAGCAAGGAGCACAAAGGUAAAGGAGCAGAAAGAAUCAGAAGGAGCACAAAGGUAAAGUGCCUGGCAGGGAAACGCUGGACCUUCUCAUCUCCAAAGGUAAAAAAAUAUAGGUGUUAAUGUGUUCACUUUUAUUUACUGAGUGUCAGGAAGCACAGAGUGCCGUUGGGUAGGUGUGUUGCUGAUUGGCUAGAGCGGUCAGCUGGCACUCUAAGCCAAUCAGUAGCUCCCCAUUCAUAAAAAAGUAAAAAUAUUUUAUGAACCGGGAACUAGCGAUUGGCUUAGAGCGUCAACUGACCACUCUAGCCAAUCAGCGGCACCCAUGCCUGACGUCAAUCUGCACUUCCUGACACUCUGUUUCAGAAGCCAAAUACCACUGAGCGACCUGGAGCUGGAGGAAGCCUUUGGGGUUAAACCAUUUGAGAGCGAUUUAACCCCUUAAAGGAAAGCGAGCACCCAGGGGCUUCCUGGCAUCAUAGCAUUUUCAUUUAGGUGAAGUUGUUAUGGUGACCAGAAAUGUCCUUUAAUUUGCUUAAAGGAACACUAUAGUGUCAGGAAUACAAACAUAUAUUCCUGACACCAUAGUUGUGAAAACGCUAUUCACCCUGGCUUUAUGUGAUAAUGGCUAUGCCCCUUCCCUUUCAUGACACUGUCAAAAAGGUACCAAGCAUGGAUGUCAUUACAAUUAUGCCCCCCCCUGGAAAAAUUCCUGCGGACGCCCAUGCGUACUAGAUUCCUUUAACUUACAGGAUGUUUCCAAACCAUCAGUGCUAUUAGUAAGGACUUUAUACUCUCACAUUUGUUGAUUAAGGUGCUUUGGUUUGCAGACUAUUUUUGUAAUUGCAUAAUAUCAGGGUGGUUCAUUAAAGUGUGAAUCUUCCAGAAUUGACCAGGUAAUUUUAUAUUAGAGGCCCAGAUAGCUGAAGUGAAAAUAAAGAGUUUCUUUUUCUAAUUCAGCUACUGUGGCCUAAAAAAAAACACUGCUCAGUGUGGAGUAACAUAGAAACAUAGAAUGUGACGGCAGAUAAGAACCAUUUGGCCCAUCUAGUCUGCCCAGUUUUCUAAAUACUUUCAUUAGUCCCCGGCCUCAUCUUAUAGUUAGGAUAGCCUUAUGCCUAUCCCACGCAUGCUUAAACUCCUUUACUGAGUUAACCUCUACCACUUCAGCUGGAAGGCUAUUCCAUGCAUCCACUACCCUCUCAGUAAAGUAAUACUUCCUGAUAUUAUUUUUAAACCUUUGCCCCUCUAAUUUAAGACUAUAUCCUCUUGUUGUGGUAGUUUUUCUUCUCCUUUACUGUGUUGAUUCCCUUUAUGUAUUUCAAUGUUUCUAUCAUAUCCCCCCGUCGCGUCUUUCCUCCAAGCUAUACAUGUUAAGAUCCUUUAACCUUUCCUGGUAAGUUUUAUCCCGCAAUCCAUGAACCAGUUUAGUAGCCCUUCUCUGAACUCUCUCUAAGGUAUCAAUAUCCUUCUGAAGAUACGGUCUCCAGUACUGUGUACAAUACUCCAAGUGAGGUCUCACCAGUGUUCUGUACAAUGGCAUGAACACUUUCUUCUUUCUACUGCUAAUACCUCUCCCUAUACAACCAAGCAUUCUGCUAGCGUUUCCUGCUGCUCUAUUACAUUGUCUGCCUACCUAUAAUAAAAACCCCUAAAUCCCUUUCCUCAGAUGUUGAGGUUAGGACUCUAUGUAGUUCAGUAUGUAGUUCAGCAAACAGCAGUAUAUUCCUUCGUGAAAAUAAAAGAAUCAAAUACAGUGAGGGAAAAAAGUAUUUGAUCACCUGCUGAUUUUGAACGUUACUGGCAAAGAAAUUAUCAAUCUAUAAUUUUAAUGGUAGGUGUAUUAAAACAGUGAGAGACAGAAUAACAAGAAAAACACAUGUCAAAAAAGUUAUAAAUUGAUUUGCAUGUCUAUGAGUGAAAUAAGUAUUUGAUCCCCUAUCAAUCAUCAAGAUUUCUGGCUCACAGGUGUCUUUUAGACAGGUAACGAGCUGAGAUUAGGAGCACUCUCUUAAAGCUCCUAAUCUCAGCUUGUUACCUGUAUUAAAGACACCUGUUCACAGAAGCAAUCAAUCAAAUUCCAAACUCUCCACCAUGGCCAAGACCAAAGAGCUGUCCAAGGAUGUCAGGAACAAGAUUGUAGACGUACACAAGGCUGGAAUGGGCUGCAAGACCAUCGCCAAGCACCUUGGUGAGAAGGUGACAACAGUUGGUGCAAUUAUUCGCAAAUGGAAGAAACACAAAAUAACUGUCAGUGUCUCUUGGUCUGGUGCUCCAUGCAAGAUCUCACCUCGUGGAGAUUUAAUGAUCAUGAGAACGGUGAGGAAUCAGCCCAGAACUACACGGGAGGAUCUUGUUAAUGAUCUCAAGGCAACUGGGACCAUAGUCACCAAGAAAACAAUUGGUAACGCACUACACCAUGAAGGACUGAAGUCCUGCAGCACCCGCAAGGCCCCCCUGCUUAAGAAAGCACAUGUACAGGUCUGUCUGAAGUUUGCCAAUGAACAUCUGAAUGAUUCAGAGGAGAACUGGGUGAAAGUGUUGUGGUCAGAUGAGACCAAAAUCAAGCUCUUUGGCAUCAACUCAACUGGCCGUGUCUGGAGGAGGAAGAAGGCGGACCCCAAGAACAUCAUCCCCACCAUCAAACAUGGAUGUGGAAACAUUAUGCUUUGGGGUGUUUUUCUGCUUAGGGGACAGGACAACUUCACUGCAUCAAAGGGACGAUGGACGGGGCCAUGUACCGUCAAAUCUUGGGUGAGAACCUCCUUCCCUCAGCCAGAGCUUAAAAAAAAUGGGUUGUGGAUGGGUAUUCCUGCAUGACAAUGACCCAAAACACACAGCCAAGGCAACAAAGGAGUGGCUCAAGAAAAAGCACAUUAAGGUCCUAGAGUGGCCUAGCCAGUCUCCAGACCUUAAUCCCAUAGAAAAUCUGUGGAGGGAGCUGAAGGUUCCAGUUGCCAAAUGUCAGCCUCAAAAUCUUAAUGACUUGGUCAGGAACUGCAAAUAGGACCUGGUGGCCAACUACAAGAAAAGUCUGACCUCUGUGAUUGCCAACAAGGGUUUUUCCACUAAGUACUAAGUCGAAGGGGUCAAAUACUUAUUUCACUCAUUGACAUGCAAAUCAAUUUAUAACUUUUUUGACGUGUUUUUCUGGAUUAUUUUUUUGUUAUUCUGUCUCUCACUGUUAAAAUACACCUACCAUUAACAUUAUAGACUGAUCAUUUCUUUGUCAGUGGGCAAACUUUCAAAAUCAGCAGGGGAGCAAAUACUUUUUUCCCUCACUGUACUACAAACCCAAAACAAGCCAUAUCUCAGCAACUUUACUCAUGAACAUAUUAAAAAGGACAGACCAUCCCCAUGGAACACCACUUGUAAUUAUAUUUUCUCUGAAAGCCCAUCAAAAGUCUUGUAAUCAUUUAAUAAACUGUAAAUCAACAAGAAAAGUGCAAAUAUUGAUUCACUUAUAUGAAAGAUCCUGUUGCUCUUGGAGUAAAUUGUGUUUCAUUGUGAAAGUCCACAACAAAAUAUUGUAAAAAUGAAAUGAUGUAUUCCAUUCUUUAAAAGGCAUAUACAGUGGAGGAGUCAAAACCAGGAAGGUCAUGAAAUGUCUUACAUGUUGUAGGUCUAUUCUCUCUUACUCCUAACAUUGCAGUGUGCCUACCCCUACAUUCCACACACAUGUCCCAAACACUCUCUGUGGGACAUAUUCAUUUGAACUUAUCAGCUUUUAGAAGAAAUGGGAAAUUCCAAAAAUUGUGCAUAGAUGGAGUUUAAGGAUAAUGUGAAUGGCAGGAACUGGGACCUUUCACAAUGGGUUUUCAGAUUAGCCAUGUUUCUCAAGGCAGCAUAUUACGUGAUCGUGGACUUACACGGGCCUACUGGAUUGUAUUGUUUACUUAUAUAAGUUUAUUGUGUCGUGUCCUUCUUCAGAAUGGGAUCCACCAGACCCAGAGGUUUUCUACAAGCCCACUGGGAAAGAACAAAUGCCGCAGGGAACUUCCGAUGGAAAUGGAAAAGUUGUAUAUGAAAUCAAACAAGGUAAUCACAAUGACUUCUAGACACACGUUGUACAGAGCAAUAAUGAUGUGCAAUGUGGAAUCUGCUUAGUGUAAAAUAGUUGGGAUCUUUUGGGUUGUGUGUGGCUUUGUUUAGAUUGUGAAGAACAAACAUUAUGACAGAAAACAUGGCUUUUUAGUCAAGACGUUUUAAUUCAGUUACAUGACUGUCUGGUAGAAAGCAUUAUUAUAGGUAGGAGUAGCUCAUUAACACAUUGAUGUCAUUUCAGCUUAUAAGGGAUCCUACUUCAUUGGCUCACGGACAGGGGGGCGCCCCUGUGCCACCAAUGCACCUUGCGGCAGUUUUAAUGCACAGACUAACAACGACCUGCAGUUUGAAUCUCGAUUUGAAAGUGGGAACCUGCAGAAAGCCAUGAAAGUGUAAGUAUUUAGAAGUCGCAUGAGCAUAGAUUUGUGUAGCUUUUUCUUAGAUCGUGUCUUUAAUUGUCUCUGUCUGUUUCUAAUCCAUUAGACUGUGUUUAUUUUACUAUAAUAUCAUUAUACUAAUCAUCCCAUGAGCUGAGAAUGAAAAAUAAUAUUGAAUUUAGGUUAAUGACCUAUUAUAUAACCCUGUGGAAUAUGUUCGUGUUGCACCUGUAAAAAAUGCAUUAAUAACUCAUUGCAAAAUUAAUUAUACCUGCAGAAUGUAAUGUUUGCUACGUUUCCUGUCAUUGGCCAAUAUUGUCAGAAAGAGGUGAUUUAGGAUUUUAUUUACCAAACCUGUAAUUUUGCAAUUCAUUUUUAACAAGCUUCAAAAUCUGUUUAGUAAAAUCUGUGAAUGUAAAAACAUAUGAAGAGAUUUGGGGUAUGUAUCACUUCCCAUUUUUAGUUUUUUUUAUUAUAGUUCCUGUUAUUUGUUCUCUUGGUACAGGGGGGUAAAUGAAUAUGAGCUAACGUUACGCACUGAUCUCUACACUAGCAAACACACCCAGUGGUUUUACUUCCAGGUGAAAAACAUGAGGAAAGGUGUACCAUACCGAUUCACAAUCACCAACUUGAUGAAAAGUAACAGCCUAUACAAUGCAGGCCUCAAGCCUUUACUAUAUUCUGAACAGGAAGCCUUGCUCCAUGGCAUAGGCUGGAGGAGAGAAGGCAAUGACAUAAAGUACUAUAAGAGCUCAGGAAUCCAAGAUGGCAAUGCAUUGUAUCGUUUGACGUGGACUUUUGAAUUCCAACACGAUGAUGACACUUGUUAUUUUGCUCACUGUUACCCAUAUACUUACUCAGACCUACAGAGGGAUCUUCACAGUGUGGCCAAUGACCCCAUACGUUCUCAGUAUUGCAAGCUUCGAGCUCUCUGUAGGAGCUUAGCUGGGAAUACAGUCUAUCUGCUCACCAUUACUUCUCCCUCUUCAAAACUUAUGGCAGCUGCCAAGAAGAAAGCAGUGGUGGUGACGGCAAGAGUCCACCCUGGAGAGACCAACGGGUCCUGGAUGAUGAAAGGUUUCUUGGAUUUUCUUCUGAGUGGCUCUCCGGACGCUGAGCUCUUGAGGGAUACAUUUAUCUUCAAGGUAGUCCCCAUGCUGAACCCUGAUGGGGUUAUAGUUGGAAAUUAUCGCUGCUCUUUAACCGGGAGAGACCUGAACAGGAACUAUAGAAGCAUGCUGAAGGAUUCCUUCCCCUGCAUUUGGCACACGCAGACCAUGAUUAAACGGUAAGGUUUGUUAAACUGCAGCCUUCCACGUGUGUUUAUGGACCGCAACUUGCAUUGUUUACACUAAACCCCAGAUUGCCUGCCCAUCUUUAAAAUACAUAUCUUUUUGGGGAGCAGGAGUCCAAUUCCUUGAGAUUCUGUGUUAGGGAGAGAAGAGACCACUCUGUCUCUCAUUGCUUGUUUAGUGAUGCUCACUAUGUUAUUGAAUGAAUGACAUCUUAAACAGAGCCCAGAUUAAUUUCUACAAAGCUAGCUGUGAGGUCUCCCUGGUCCACACACUGGGCUCAAAGCUGCCUAUCACAGCUGUAGCCGAGACAGCAAUACAUGGUACGUUAAAAAGGAACUGAAAGCAUUUUAACUUAUGAAAAAGAUUUCAAGUUAAUGGGGUACUUUUGCCCAUUUGUACCCAUUAUAUAUUUUGCUGUCUUUAUACUGCCUUUCUAGUCUGUUUACUAAAGGCUUUAUGUUUUCUCAAAAUGUGCCGAUUAUUUGAUAUGAUUAACAAAAGAGCGACUCUUUCUGUGUUGAACUACCAAAAAAAUAUAAAUUACCACCCCCUCCCUCCCCCCAAAAAAGCAAAUAACAAAAUCCAGUCAGGUCUGUCUAAUUGUAGAUUGCUGAUAAAACUUUUUGGUUUGGGCUGAAAUUUCCUAAAAAAACUGUCUAGAAAAGCUUUCUCCGGGGUAGAAUACUGAAAAUGAUCCCAAUACAUUGGGGUUUCAUUCACUAAACUCCGGACUGUAACACAUUGAGAAGCGAAUGGUAAAACUCAGGCAGUAAUAAUCAAACCUUGUCUUAAGGUACAUUGGGGACAUUUUCUAUAUCAGCUAUUUUUGCCUUUUAGAUAUCGAUUAGCUACAAUUUGGAGUUUAGUGAACGUAUAGAUAUAAAAACUUCCAUUGUAAGUGGUUUUUCACUGUAUUUCAUUUCCAUUCAAUAUGUUGACAUUGGAGCUCAGCUAAUUGUGUGAAAUAAAUGAAAGUGCUUUUCAUUGUUCAUUCGGUUUCUCUUUGCCAUUCAGGCUCGUAGCCGAGCGAGAAGUUCUCCUGUAUUGUGAUUUUCAUGGACACAGUCGUAGGAGCAAUGUCUUCAUGUAUGGCUGUAACAACAAGGGUCCACCAGAAACAAAACUUCACGAGAGAGUGUUCCCACUAAUGCUGAGUAAAAAUGCCCCUGACAAGGUACAGAGCAGAGAAUCCAUUUUAUUUUAUUCAUCAUUAUGCAUUGAAACGAUGGUUACUCAGACUUGUGUACAAACAGAACCUGCUGAUUGGCCGACAUUAUUACAUUAUGAAGUUCUAACUUAUUUUAAUGUAGAACAAAGCAUAGAGUAUAAGGUCUACAGGCUAGUCAUAGCUAUGCCUUUAUAUACUGUAUGUUUACAGGGAUACGGCAGACACCAGUUUAACCUAACAAGUUACAUAGCCCUUCUGUAUGACACAAGAAUUUGCUGCAGUCCUUCCGAUCACCUGCCUUGUCACCUGGUGUUGUUUGGACUGAGGGAAGGUGCUGUACAAUUAUUAUCUUCACUUUCAAGAGUUUCAGUGCAUUUCAGCCCAUACACAAGUGUGUCUGUAGCUCUCAGCAGAUGGGCAGUCCUGAUUGAUUGCUUCACUAUACAAUCAGUCAUGCUGACAUUCAUGUGCACCGGGAUAAUACACCCCCUCCCGGUAUCAGACCUGCCGAAGUUGCCUGGUCUCCAGCUCUAAAAAGCAUUCUGUAUCUCCCUCCUGACCCGCCAUGCACUAUCAAUAAGCACAGAAAACCGUUAUGAGAGUAAAUAACAAUUUAGUUGGUUCUUCACCCAACAAUAUGGAAGAAGAGAAAAAACAAAGAAUAAAGCACUCCAUGGAUCGCAGUGGUAAAGGGCAAUAUAGAUUUUUUUUUUAAUCCUUAAAAUACAUGACACAACAGAGAGAAAGUGGCACUUACGCAUUUGAGUAUGAUGAAUAAGUGCCACAUUAGGCAAACAAUGUGUGGGCAUUUGAGUUUUGUGUGCUCUCUCUCUGUUGUGUCAUGUAUUUUAGCUGAUUAUUAAAACGUUUUUUUCUGCAUUCCAUUUUUUAUGGAUCCUUUGUUCAGGUUUUUUUCCCCUCUAACUAAAUUCUUAAUUGACUGUUGUGGAGUGUCAGCCCCGGUCCUUAAACUCAUGGACACCCGGCUCCAUCGACCUGAUUUUGAUUAAAUUUAAUGUUGAAGAAUGCAAAGUUAUGCACUUUGGGGUAAAUAAUUCACAAACACCUUAUACCCUAAGUGGCAGUGAAUUAGGGAUAACAACACACAAGAAGGAUUUAGGAAUUGUUAUAGACAACAAAGUAGGCAGCAAUAUGCAAUGCCAGUCAGAUGUUGCUAAGGCCAGUAAGUUAUUGUCAUCUAUAAAAAGGGGCAUUCAUUCUCAGAAUGAAAAUAUAAUUUUGCCUCUUUUAAAUCACUGGUAAGACCACACCUUGAAUAUUUUGUGCAAUUUUGGGCACCUGUUCUAAAGAAGGAUAUUAUGACACUAGAAAAAGUGCAGAGACGGGCUACAAAAUUGAUAAAAGGAAUGGAGCAUUUUAGUUAUAAAGAAAGAUUAACAACUUUAAAUCUCUUUAGUUUGGGAAAAACAUGCAUCAGAGGGGAUAUGAUAGCAAUAUACAAAUAUAUUCGGGGCCAAUACAAACCAUUAUCUGGAAAUCCAUUCAUAAACAGGAUUGUACAUAGGACACAAGAUCACAGAUUUAGACUGGAAGAAAGGAGAUUUAGCCUAAAACAAAGGCUUUUUUUCUUUUUUCCUAGUUUGUUGCAAAAUUGGAAGCGCUUUAAACUGGGUGUUUGCUUUCUUUUGGAUCAGCAGCAAAAACAAAUGUGAGGCUGAACUUGAUAUACACAUGUCUCUUUUCAGCUAUGUAACCUGAGAUUUUAUCAGAGAUGGAAAUCCUUCAUCUGUACCAUUGUGUGUCCCAUAACAUAGGCCCUCUUCUAGUGAUUGACUCUUCUCUGUCUGUCUCUGCUGUCAUGUUUGAAGUGUUGAUAUGUUCCUUCUUUCUCAGUUUUUAUUCAAGGGCUGUAAGUUUAAAGUACAAAAAAGCAAAGAAGGAACAGGGAGGAUUGUAAUGUGGAGAAAGGGAAUCGUGAAUAGUUACACCAUGGAGUCAACGUUUGGAGGAUCUACCCUAGGUUAGUAGCCCACUCUGUGAAUUUCAGUCAUGUAGACUGCCAAAUAGAUAUCGUGGCAAACAACUUGUAAUCACCAGAUGUUCUUUGACUUACACUCACAUUGAUUCCAAUCAAUAAAUUCUGUAGCAGAUGAAUUCAGUAAUUCUUUGUCUACAUUGGCAGGUUCAUAGGAAAAGCAGGAUAUUUUCUGCUCAGUUUAUUAAAUCAAACAGUGGCACAUUGAGCACAGAAAAUAUUUUUUUUGGGGGGAGAGGGGACUUUCUUUGUGGUGCACAUGUUAAACCUUGCAGUAUUCUAUAGGUAAACUUCUACACUAUCACAGGGCAAGGAUAUAGACCUAUUAAAGCUAACUAAUCUCAACAUUUUAUAUAUAAAGAAGAAAAACAACAACAUAUGUUCAAAUAUCAUAAACUGUGAUAUACAAAAAGACCUCGAGGUGUCACAUUAAGUCAGUAUAUGUACAAUUGGACAAUUAACUCUCAUUGAUGGGUGGUGUGGUACUUGGAUUUGCUAGUGGCUAAUCAGCCCUUUCUACCAUGAAUAGAAGAACUCUUCUAACGCAUCUUUUGCAUCUCACCGGGCUACUCUCAGCACAUUUUGUUUGGUUUUAGAGUAUAUGAAAAAUUGAUGACUAAAAAUGAGUCUGAUUACAUUUUAAUCACCUCAGUCACUGACAAGUUACAUGUGUGCAAAGCCUCUUAACUCCUUAAUGACCAAUGAUGUGCAAUGUAUGUUAUGCUAUUGUGGUAUUUACUUAACCCAAAUUGAGAAUAAUUCAGCAUCAGUGAGAUUGGGGUGAAAACAAAUCUAAUAGCCAGCACUGUAAUGUACAGAAGAAUUGGUUACCAGAUCUCUAAUAAUAAGUGGGGGCUUAGAGUAGCUCCUUCUGUGUGGCAAACUAACACUCCUCCAUUACUAGGAAUUCAUGUUCCAGGGUUUUAUAUUAUGCCUGAUGGUUUUAAUUUGAAUAUACUCUAUAACCAGCGACCCCAUGCGAUGCACGUUUCUAUAGUAAUAAUUUAUGCUUAUUUUAUUACAGGCAAUAGAAAAGGCACCCAUUUCAGUGCCGCCGAUCUAAAAUCCAUGGGCCAUCACUUUUGUGACACAUUGCUGGACUACUGUGAUCCUGACAACACCAAGGUAACGGCAUAUUACAAGAAUUACCGACAUAGAUCCUCUGUUGUGUAGUACAUUUAUAACACACUCUGUAUUGCUUUUUAUGCAAAUGUAUUUCCAGAGAGAUUCUGUAUUGUAUGGAGAACCAUAGCAAGGAACAAGUGUCCAUUGCCUGCAUUUAUUUUUCUGCCACCAUCUUCACCUAUUCAUGUCCUCUGUAUGUCACAUUCAUUAUGUGUCUUAGGGAUGUGAGGUAGAGGGGAGAGAUCCAAUCCCUGGUGUAUGUAGCACUGUGCACAGAUCCCCAAGCACUUUAUCUGCCUUUAAAAUGUAUGGAUUCAGGGUCACCAUUUCGCCCCCAGUGACCUGUCCUGGUGUAAGUUCAUUUCCCCUGCUCUCCCCUGCAGUUCAAGCUGUGUGUGUCUGAACUCCAGAGCUUAGUGGAAGAAGAAAUAAGGGAGAAGCUGAAGCGACUUGGACGUGGUGUGGAUUCCGAUAUCACUCUGAGCGAUAUCUCAUUGUCAGAUCUUGAAUCCAGGUGAGCAGUGCACACCUUCAGGCAAACAGGGGUGAGAAUGCCACACUUAUCUUCCUUCCCACAGAUUAUAAAUUAUUCACUUUCGUACUUUGCUUUGGUUGACUUGGUGUUUUGCCCCAGUAAUGCUCUGCGCUUAAAAGCAUAUUCAUGAAAAAAGAACUAAAAGGUACACUCCAGACCCCUAAAGCACUUUAGCUUGCUGAAAAACUUUGUGUGAAGAGCGUGUCCUCUUUUCAUUUUACAAAAUUAUUUCAAUAGAAAAUGUAUAUAAAUUAACCUGGUAACACCCCCCCCCUGACUGUCAAUCAGACAACAGGUCCAGUUACUUCCUGGUUUGGUUAACUCAGUGGAGAUACUCAGAGCAUCUGCUUGGCAAAGACUAAACAGUGACUAGGACACUGUAGCGUUAGGCAUGUACAUUUAUUACUCAUUUAUUCACGGGUAUUCCUCUAGUGUUUCUUUAAAGAUUUAAGACGGUAACUUGUUUAUAUUUCUCCAGUAAAAGUGGACAACCUCGUACUAGCUAGAGAGCAUGGCAGACUUGUCUGGGGACAUAUUAAUAGUGGCUACCAGUUUUUGCUAUGUAUUGUGAACCGAACACCCUCUGAUUCAUAAUCAGUUUGUUUACAAUGAACUGACAGUCUACUGUUAUUUACUGCCCGUUGUAACAGCACACUCUUAUUCUGAUUGUUGACACAUAUUCACUUAUUAUUCAACUUCUAUCAUUAAUACAGCACAGGAGGAUCCAACAGUUCGGAAUCAGAUGGACUUCCAGCUCAUUUACUUCAUAUUGCAGAAAAGGUGAGUUGCAACAAGGCUUGAAGGAUGAGCCUAGGUCAGCCAAACGCACCAAAAUAUUGUUUAGAACUGGAGGGGGUGCCAGUUCACUCCUGGCACUAUAACCACUACAUAAAUCUGUAGUUGUUAUGGUGCUUGGAGUGUUCCCUUACUCUAUACAUUUCACUAUUUUCUAAUGUUGCCGUUUUUUUGUUAACACCAAUCAGGAACCUCUCAUCCCAUUAUCCUCUGACCAUUAGAGAUAUAUGGGAUAUGUAGUUUUCUACUCCCCUUCUCUCCUUUCCCCCAGAAGCUAGCAGAUAUCUGUGCCGUCCUGGUCACUUGAAUGAUGUGUGUUGAAUAUCCUGUGCAUUCUCCAGUUCUGUCUCACUCUGUCUCCCACUGUUUAAAUGGUGAAGUUUUGGCCAAUCCUUGCUUCAUUCAAUAUGAGGUGUGGUAAUUCACUCUUAUAUUAUGAAUCAAAAUAAACUUUUUUACUCUUCGCAAAAAUGGAGUGUCUUUUUCCCACACGUUCUAUUGUUAUUUUUCUUGUAUUUAUAAAACUUGAUUUGGGCACUUUUCCAUUGAAUGUGGUGCCAUCUGUGUAUUUCAUAAAAAAUAUGGAAUUUGCACAUAGUGCAUAGCAUAAAAGAACUUUAAAGGGACACUAUAGUUACCAAAGCAAGUUUAGCUUAAUGAAGCCGUUUUGGUGUAUAGAUCAUGCCCCUGCAGUUUCACUGUUCAAUUCUCUGCAAUUUAGGAGUUAAAUCACUUUGUUUAUGCAGCCUUAGCCACACCUCUCUGUGUGUGACUUGCACAUCCUUCCUAAACACUUCCUGUAAAAAGAGAUCUAAUGUUUAAUCUUCCUUUAUUGCCCAGUCUGUUUAAUUUGGAAUUUCCUUUCUCCUGCUCUGUUAAUAUCUUGCUAGACCCUGCAGGAGCCUCCUGUGUUUGAUUAAAGUCUAAUUUACACAGCAGGAGAUAACAACAUCUAAAGCAAGUUAACAUUUGAUUGAAAAUGAAACAAUUUUUUCAUGCAGGCUGAGUCAGUCACGCUAGGGCUGCAUGGACAGAAAAAAAAGUGAUUUAACUCUAAAUAAUAACUAAUAAUAAUAAUAACUCCUAAAUGGCAGAGAAUUGAGCAGUGAGACUGCAGGGCCGCAAUCUACAAGCUAAAAUAGCUUUGCUAAGCUAAACUUGUUUUGAUGGUUAUAGUUACCCUUUAAUUAACAGAUGCCUUCUGUUGUCUUGGCUGCUGGGACCCUCAGGUGUUACUGAGGUGACUUGGAGAGUCUUUGGAAGUCCCAAUCAGAACGCGAGCGUGCAUCAUCAGUCAGUGUGCAGGUGCACGCAACUGUAACUGAUUUACAAUCUUUAAAUACCUUUUUUUUUUUUAACUGGCCAUUAUGUUCGCGUUGUGUGUUCAGUAUUCUGUACGCUCUUUAAAAAUAAAUAUUUGACAAUAAAGUGAUUAAAAAGCAUAAUCUGCUAACUCGGUUUAAUUCUCCUGUCUAGUUCUACCCAAAGAAGAAACGCCUGCGGUCACGAAAGGAGAGAAAUAGCUUGUAUAAGAAACGUCACACCAAACACCAACCAAAACCACAAGAAAUUGCGGUAAGGCGGACUGCUCGACGUAACACAGUUUAAUAAAAUGUACCUACCAUUUUAAACAAACUUAAAACAGCUGAAGGAGUAUCAUACCUGUGUGAAAGGUUUUUAAGGUAUUUGUGGCAGCACACGUCCAUACUUUGCAAACUACAUGUUCUUCCUGCACGUCGUACAGUGGAGGUAGGCAUGAGCUGGUUUCAACCUCAAAAGCUAAGGAAUCAGAAAAUAGACUAAAGCUAAAAUGGUAAGAUUUAUGUGCAGUGGUGGGAGCCCUAGUUGAGGUAGACACUGCAAUUCCCCAGGCAAUGUGUUUCUUUCCCAGAAAUUGCUCUCCAAACUCAGAGAUUCUAGGAUUUCUGCUUCUGUUGCACGUCUUGUGUGCCUGGAAGAUAUUUUCCAGAAAAUAAAUGGCCUCCUCCUCCCAACUGGCUGUUCACGUCUUCUCUAAUAUUUGUAACCCAAUUGAAAGAUGGCACCGAAAUCAGCAAGGUGUGUGUCUGUGUGCUUAAUACGUUCAAUAGGAAACUAUUGAGAUUCAUUUUAAACUAUGAGUUAUUCACAAAAGUGAGAUUUCAAAGUACAUUUCAUAUUUUUUUUAGCUUAGAAAUAAAAAGCAUUGAUUUGUGUUGAAUUCUGUAAGAUAGUGUAUUAGAUUGUGUUUUAGUGCUGCUGUCAUAUUUAAAAUCUUAAUUACAAAUUUGUAUCUAUAAUAAUUUUUAUCUAAGCAGCGUAAAUGUUAUCUUUAGGGAAUAUUGUUUUACCCCAAAACACACAGGUUUAUUCACUGAGGUGAGAAUUCAGAGUGAAUUUCAAAUUUAAGUCAAACUGGAAAUAUUUGGAUACUGUGACCUUAAAUAUGAGUUUCACUUUGAAUUCUUGUUUUGGUAAAAAACCCUGGCUGUGAUAACUCUUAGAAUGGGAUACAAUCUAUGUGUAGUUCAGUCCUGGACCCUUUGCUCACAGUUUAGUCAAUCUUCCCCUAUUUGGAGUACAGUCACCGCAGCACCUUUCCCUCUGUUUUUUUUUGUUUAGUUUUUUUAAAAUUCUUUAUUUUUUGAUAUGCAAGUAGGUACAACUGUGCCUGUAUCGCCACAACAGCAUCAGCAGGUUCGAUUUGUAUGGUCUUAGCAAAACAGUGUUAAGGCAUGUUGGGUUUGCAUAUAUUUUUUUUAAAUAUAAAACACAAAAUAACGAUUCAAGAUAUAAGCGUUUGAGUAGUAAAUAUCAAGCUUAAUUAGUACUUUUCUAAACAAGGCUUAACAGUUGAACCUGGGAUACGCUGUAACAGUAAGUGUCCCUGUAUGGUUGGCAACUCAAUAGUAUGCCACUAGCUUAGCAGUGAAUAGGGUGACACCUGGCAUGCCGGGUGGUGAGUAAGCAGGCGUAAUACUGUAAGGUUAUGAUGACUGGUAUGUUAGGAGGUCAACAUGGCUUAGUAAUAGCGUGGCACGAAGUUAUGACUAACUUCUGGUUGAUCAAUACUUUGGCAUAGAAUUAUGAAUGGGCUGUGACACGUUUAAGCGUUUGCGGGGAGGUGCAUGCUGUUUGUGAUUAAGACUAUUAGGUCCCAUUAUAUGCUUCUAUGUUUUAUUACAUGUCACAGGGUUAAAGCUUUGGGUGCCAGGAUGAGUGGGGCAUGCGUGUGUAUCCGUGGGAGUGUGGUACCGUAUUAUGCAUAUCUUAAGCAGGCUUAAGCUUUCCAACGGGUCACCCGAGUGAAACGUAAUGGAACAGUGUUAGAUUUUAUGCAGUCUAGGUAUUCAAUAGUUAUAUUGAACGCUAGAAGAUAUGAAAGAUAGGCAUAAGGGCUAAUAAAACUUCACAUUGGAUAAAAACAUUACGGUGAGAUCGAGUAGUAUAUCCGGUGUCUGGGCACUCCGGAGCAUAGCCAGUCUCUGGUUUAGUCCCUGUCGGUCAGCCGAUGCCGGUUCUGGAGGCUCGACUGGCGUCCCAGGGAGAAGGGCUGGGUCGGUGCCUCCGCCUGGUUCCAUCUCUGAUGUGCCUUGGAGGGGCUCUCAGCCUGAUUCUCUUACUAAUAGGAAGCUGAGCGGUAGCACAGGUAGUAUCGCGGCCAUCAGCAUGAGUCUUCAGAUGUGAAGCGGCGUUCCACUGUUUGGAGGGUUCCAGUGCCUCUGGGUGGUAAGCAGGCUGGGCGGUCCCGCACUGGCAUGUGUGAGAGCGAGUGCUGUUGCUGGCACCUGAGGGACAAGUCGUCGUUUCCCGCUGUCUUGUUCUUCGGCAUCGUCCCCGUCGGGAGGCCGCUCUGGAGGCUCUGGGCGGGUACCCACACAGGUGGCGCCGGGUUGCAGGGCGAAUCCAUGCCGCUACCUCUUUCAUCAUUUGUUUGAAGGUCUGACCCUUGGUACGGAGCUUUGUCCAAAGUUGUGCGCAGAGCCGGUCAAUGAACUCCAGGGUGUGCUUGGGUGGCUUGGCAAGGGUGAUCUUCGUCACAGGCCAUGCCUGCGCCGCCAUCUUGAUUGGGUCCUGACAGUUUUGUGUGACUGCAGGUUUUAAUGCUUGUUCGAGUAGUAUUGCGGGGGUAUUCGUCCCCAACGAGGACCGGGUUAUCCCCCGCCGGUCCAGAGGGGGGGGUAGCAGGGCAGUGUUUGAUUCUCGCUUGUAAGCGGAUCCCGUGCCGGGUGAUCGGCCGCCUCCCCUAGGCUUCAGGUUCCGCUGCAGUUUAGGCUCUCGCAGUGCUUUUUGGUGCAGUACGGGUAUCAUUCUGUUCCCUGCGUGGUCCUGCAUCGCUUUCCGGGUACUGUGUGCUCUAGAAUGAGCUGUGUGCUCUAGAAUGAAGUGGGUUUAUUGGUGUGGAUGUUCUAGAAUGAAGAGGAUGUUCUAGAAUAAAGUGGGUUUAAUGGUGUGGAUGUUCUAGAAAGAAGUGGGUUUAUUGAUGUGGAUGCUCUAUUACUUCAUGAGUGGCCAUACUAAGUAACUGAAAUAAGGUCAGAUGUGCUGUGGUGAGCUGGACCCUUUUCCUCCCUGGGGUAGGUUGAUGAAACAUUGCUGUUUACUGGGGACCUACUAGGAUGCUCUGCCCCGGCUGAUUUGCUGCAACUGUUGUAGUUUACAGCCACUACUCACUGUGCGUAGAUGGUUGAAGGUAGAAUUUAAGAUCUAGACUGAAUACAUAGCUGACUUGGACAAUUUUUUAAAAUUCGCUCUGAUUUCCCCACAAUUCAAACUUGAGUUCUUAAACGUGUCCAUUUAGUGAAUACACCUCUAAAUGUCAAAUAAAUAGAUACAUAAAAAUCGAUAUGCUGCGGAAUAAGUUGGUGCUAUAAAGAUUCAAAUAAUAAUAAUGAUACCAUUUUGUCUAAAAUGUGCCAUCGUAGGAUAUUUCUGAACCCGCUAGCCAAACUGUAAAGCCUGCACCUUCCAAAGUAUCUAGGAAAUAUGACAAGGAGAAGAGAAAUGCUAAGGUGAGUAAGGCUUGUAUUUAACAUCAUGAUCUGUGAAUAUGUUCGUACACCUCUAUAUAUAUUGGGAAUUUGGCUGAUCAGCAGCAGGCCUCUUAAAGGGAUAUUAUAGUCACCAGAACAACUACAGCUUAAUGUAGUUGUUCUGGUGAGUAUAGUAUAUUCCUGCAGGCAUUUUCAUGUUAACACUGCCUUUUCAGCCACUCCUCAGACGGCCACUAGAGGUGCUUCCUGGGUCAGUGCUGCACCCUGAAAUGUCCCCAUAGAGCUACUGAGGAGAUGCUGAUUGGCCAGGGCUGUGUUUGGCUCCACCUCUUUCAUAUGAGGAAGCAUUGUGAUUAGCUGAAAUGAUCAAUUCUGAGGAUGUCAGCCAAGGAGGUGGAUCGGGGCAGGACCAGAUGCAUUGAACCCAGCGCAGUGGUAGAAAAAGGUAAAGGUGAAGUAAAUCACAUUUCUAACCCAAGGUAAGGGUGGCCAACCACCUAAACUGUGAUUUGAGAAUUAUAGUGUCAGGAGUACACAUUUGUGUUUCUAACACUAUAGUGCUCCUUUAAUGUAUUAAUGUAUAGGGUAGUGAUUCAUUUGUGUUAUCAGUAUAACUAGAUUCUGAACCAAUGUUGAGGUUUAGCACCCCCUCCACUUACACUGGUGUCCCGAAUUAUAAGAGAGAAUCAAUUCACAUGAAGCAUUACAUGGUUAUAUAAUGUACUGGCCCAGGAGUUAAGAACGAUAGUUUUAAACUGUGUUCCAUAGGAUUUGUAUGGAUAAGACAUUUCAUUCUGUGAUUUGUCUGUUGCAGAUGAAGUCACAGGAAGGUUCUUUAUCACAGAACUCAGCAGGGGGUCAGACAUCCGCAGUGCAAACAACAGGUACCGACAAUUAACAUGCAGCGAUCAAAAGAAACAGUCCAUACAACACAUUGACCUGGCAUGGACAAGGCAUUCAGGAACAUUUACAGUCGUAUAACGGAAGUCACAUACCUUCAUGGGUUUAUUCACUAAACUGGGGAUUUAUCAGUAUUAAUAAGGGAACUGCAUGUUGUAGGAUAAAACAGACACAUUUAAAAUUUAGCAAAUUGGAUAACUUUUUUUCCUGGGCUAUUCUCCACAAUUUGUCUUUGGUAAAUAAAUUGGUCAAGAUUUUUCCCAUUUUGUGGCAUAAGUGGCCAUCACUUUAAUUUUAUUUUGCCUUCUUUUGAAUCAACAACAUACAAAGAUGUGUUUUAAUGAUUUAACUUUAUGGAUUUAAGUCUUUGUUUAGCCCAGAUUACUAUGUAACUCUAAAUACCAUAUUUCAUGCAAAAAGUUUUCACAAAAUUUUUGCACUUUUUGCUACAGACUCUAAAUUGUGGUCUGUGGUCACAAAUGUCUCCAAUAUCCAACUAACUGCUCUAAUUCCUAUAUUUCAUUUCCUGAUAAUCAUUCCAGUUUUUCUGUGCGUCUUGGUGCAGGGCUGCUGUGAUUCCCCGUAGGAGGUAAAAUUACCUUUUAAAGGAUUAUUUACUAAACUGGGAAUUGUCUGAAAUAGAAAUGUUUUCCAAUUACGGUAACCUAGUUUGGCCUAAAUUUUCUUUUCUCUGGAAACAAAUGUGCAAAGUCACAUAUCUUGGGUUUAGUCAAGUAAUUUACUUAUCUUGUUUCUUCUCAAGUAAAGAUCAGCUUCAUAUAUAUAUUUAUGUAUUUUUUAUUAUCAGAAAAGCCUGUUCUGUCAUUCUCUCGCAAGCCAGAAUCAGUUACCGUGAAGACUCAGUUGAUCAACAAACUCCCAACGUCCUACGUCGGUGAGUCAGACAGCCACAUGGAGAAGUCAGUCUGAUUAUGCAGGCAUAUUUCUAAAGACCGGUUUUGGGCAAAAGUUCUAACGUGGAGCAAUCACCAUGGAAACCGAUGGAAUGUUCCCACUGAUCACUCCCAGGAUUAGAGCUCCAAACUUGCUUGUUGUAGAUAUGGCAAAAUAUGUAAAUAUGCUUAUUACAUUGAUAUUCAAUAAUGGCUGUUUGUCACACAGGAGAGUUCUCUGUGGUUGAUCAUGUUUGUCAUCGCCAUGUGACCGUCAAAUCCCGUGAAGCUGGAAAUGGGAAUCGUCUGCCCCUAAUUAUAACAGUUAUCCAGAGAGCCAGCGUGCCUCCAUAUUCAAAAGAUGUAUCAUCUAUAAAGCAGCACCCUCCACCAUUCCAUGCCAUGCUGGACUUUAACAGUAAGAGAAGACAGGUUACAGACAAUGUGCUCAAAAGAGGUACGAUCAAUGACUCAUUCAAUGAUUCAGGGUAAACGUGUUCUGUUCCCAAAUACUUUAAGCCCAGGUCUGUUUUCUUUUGCAGAAGCACCAAUUGUAGCGCAUACAUCACUGACAGCAGGAAUAAAACCGUACAGGUAGGUAAAUUACUUAAAGAAAACCUGAAUAGACUGGAAAUUGCAUAAAGGUUAUAGGGUAGGCCACGUACCAUCUUCUGAAAACCGAGCCUCUUGUAGUAUCUUUGUAUAUGCAUUAAUACAUCAUUGCUGACUUCAGGUGACCUGAGAUGUAUUGGCCACCCGGUGAGCCCCUUUCGAGUACGCUGUGGGUGGCAGGGCCACGGGGCAGCUGCUUUCGGCCCCCCAGGAGUAACUGGGCCCGGGGCAGCUGCCUCGUUUGCCCCGCGUUAAAGACGGCCCUGAAUAUGUAUCAUCCAUAACCCCCUCCCCCGCAGGAACGAAGAGACGUAGGCUGACUGGGACCAAGUCCUAUACCAUCAAGCCGCUAAUAAGCAGGCAAGCAUUAUUCUUAGUGCAGAUAUGUUUCUUUCAUUCACCACUAAGCUACCUACUAUUGAGAUGGUAUUGUGCAUUAUAAAGUAUACCUAAGCCUGAGGUACCAUACUCUGCUAUCUCUCUUAUACCUUGACUUUGCUUAUUCUUACUAACAAUAAGAUAGGAUGUAACUCCGUGACAAGCCACGUUAACCCAUAAAGAAUGUGCAGUGUUCUCAAAUGCCUUAAAACUGUUAAUCUCUGUCUGAAGCUAUGCUUAUUCUAGCUGUUGUGGUACUGUAAGCUUGUUUGUAUUAUCUUUGCACAACUAAAAUAAAGAAUUUAAAAUGAAAAAUACCAAUAUCAUCAACAAUGUUGAACAAAUGAUGUGACUUGGCAUGCAAAUGUCUUGUUCAAGAUUUCAAUCUCGUGUGUGAAGGUGUAAAAUGCUGAAUGUGACGAUGCAAAACAAAAGUGUUCUGAACAGCUGUCCCUCUUUCCCAGCCUCACAUCAAACAUGGAAAAACAAAAAUACUUUGAAGUCUCUGCAACACCAGUGGAUUUGCAGCUUAGCCUCAGCCCAAAGAUCAGCAAGACAAGAGGAAUCCGUCGAGAGUCACUCAUGUCCCUUGUGUCUUCAGGUAUGAAUGGAUUAGUGCUGUGAGUUAUGCCACCCAUCGUAUUGCUGCUAGCGAGCAUGAACUAAAACAGCGUCCCUGCUUCAAUGUGGAGGUUGUUCCAUGUUCAUUCCGUUGCAGAGUUUCCCUCUUGCGUGCUUUAUAUUUUUCCAUUCAGACUCAUUUUGGCUCCCCAAAAUGGAAAUAACUAUGAAGUCUAACGCUACUGCAGAAAAUAAACAAGUGUGUAUGAAGACAUUCUUUCUGCAUAAUUUAAAUGUGUUUCUUUUUAUUCUUAAACAUAAAAUUGGUAUUGAAAUUCAAUAUGAAACAGGUCGAGUGGCAUAAGAUUUGAAUUCUGCUGAAUCUCCUGCACACAUCAAACCGCACUUGUGUUGCUUUUCUAGGCAUUUUGGGGAUCUUCUAGGAGUAAAUUAGGGACAUGCCUCUCAGCGUGCUUCCCAUAGGAGAUAUUUUUUUUUUUUUCCAUAUUUAGUCUUUAUUUUUGCCAACAUCAUGAAAACAUAUUGCGUUACAGUCAGAUACUUUCAUCAGGUAUGCACGUUAUUACUUUACAGAUAUACAUGCCAUCAUAAUGGUUCGUUGUUUAGAUUGGUUACAUUGUACAUCAUGUGGUACAUUCGUUCUCUGUUUGCAUUGUAAUACGGGCGUAUUAUUUGCCCCUAGAAGUGCGUUGACUGUAAAACCAUGGAGUGACCUGUUUGUCAUUUGGGGUGGGUCGGCUUUUUAUAGGGGGAGGGGGAGUAGGAACACAGGGGGGGGUUAGGGGAAACCGUGACUUGGGGUGGGGAGAUCUAGGAUCCCCAGCUUUGCUUCACAAUAUUUUGGCUUUCAGUUUGGGAUUUAUCAGGGUUCUUCCCUUCUCUGUUAUCUUCGCAGUCCGGCGGGUCAACUGUGUGAUAAGUAUUGUCUGAGGUGGGUGCUCUACAAGGGGAGAGACUCAUGACCUAAGGUUCCAACUUGCCCAUUUCCCAACGUACUUUCUUUCCUGUCCCUGUACCCUGCUAGCCAUCCUCUCGUAGGAGCUUAUGACAUCCAAUCUUUCCAUGAUUGUAGCCAUGGUUGGUAUUGUUUGGCUUUUCCAGUUUUGUGCUAGUAAAAUUUUCGCUACCGUGAGUAUGUUUAUCAGUACUGCUUUGUGGGGGUGUGGUGAGAGUCCAGGAAUCAUGUGUAGUAGGUAAUGUUCUGGACGCAACUGAACAAGGAGACCUGUAGUGCUUGAAAUAAGGUUUUGGAUCUGUGUCCAGAAUGCACCUAAUGCGUGGCAGUCCCAGAACAUGUGUAGCAUGGUACCCGCUCCCCCCUCACAGCGCCAGCAGAGCUCAGAUGUGCCCUUGUAAAUCUUUGCCAGUCUAUGUGGGACCAGGUACCAUCUCAUGGCUAUUUUGCAAUAUGCUUCCCACAGCGAGAGACUUUUGGAUGCACCCUUUGUGUUGGAUAGUGCCUCGUACCAUUGUGUCAGAGUUAGUUGGUGACCCAGUUCCCCUUCCCAUUGCCUCAUAUAGGAUCUUUUCUCACAUGAUUGUGGCUCCAGAAGAGCGUUGUAGCACAUGGAUAGAGGUUUUCCAAGCUUAGCGGUGAGGACCCUAUUGAGUAGUAGGGGUGGGUUUGUGGGCCCUGUACUAGGUUUGCAUGUGUGUGGUAACAGUAUGUUUUUUGUUCUAAGGUAGAGGAACACAUCCCUUUGGGGCAGGGAGAAUUCCCGCUGUAGAUCAGGGAACAGUUUGAGUUCGUUUCCCUUUAGUAGGUCCUUUACUCUGUGUAUUCCCCUGGCUAUCCAGCCUGCCAAAGGCAGGUCUGGAGAGAAUAUGGUCAGGAUCCCUAGGGGAGCUUCCCUGAAGAGCAAAUGUGGGUCUAAGAUCAGAUGACUCCAGGUUCGCCACGAGCUCAACAGAAACCGGGAGCACCGUGGGAGGUACGUUCCGUCAGAUUCGGUGGGGGCGUUGGCCCAUAAUGUGUGGGACGUGUUAUGUGGAUGCAGGUAGGCAUCUUCCAUUGUUAGCCAUAGUGGCUUAGGGGAGCUGUCUUGAAGUCUCAGUAUGCGUACUCCCUGUGCUAAAGUCGAUGCCCUGUAGUACGUCUUAAUAUCAGGUAGGCCCAGCCCCCCUUUGGUGAAGACAAAGCUCAGGUUUCGUUGGGCCACUCUCGGGGGUUUUCAUUUCCAGACAUGCGCAUUUAUGACAGAUUGCAUUAAUUUUAUUAGUUUGUUGGGUAGUGGUAUUGGUAACGUGCGGAAGAGGUAUAGAAUAUGGGGCAGAACCAUCAUUUUAAUCGUAUUUACCCGGCCCAGCCAGGAUAUCUCUAGGUUUUCCCAUUGUUCUAGGGUCGAUUUUAGUUUGUUUAUGACAGGGUAGUGGUUUUCUUUAAGAACGGUCUGGUGGGAUUUCGUCAGUUUGAUCCCCAGGUACGUGAGAGAUGUUUUCCGCCAGUCAAAGGUGUAGUCAGAGGAGAGCUGCGUUAGCGUUUGGUGCGGUAGAUUGAUUGGUAGUGCUUGCGUCUUAGUGGUGUUAUUCUUGUAGUAGGAAACCCUUCCAUACUCGCUAAGAAGACCUAGAAGGGUAGGGAUGGAGCUGAUGGGUUGUUUUAUGAACAUGAGUAUGUCGUCGGCAAAUAAAGCCAACUUCUGCAUACCCCUUGGUGUCGACAGUCCGCAAAUUUGUGCGUUAUUAUUUAUAUGUUUCGUCAAGGGUUCAAGACAGAGGAUAAAGAUGAGUGGUGACAGCGGACAACCCUGGCGCGUGCCGUUAUGUAUUGUAAAGGGUGCGGAUAAGAAGCCGGUACUGAAGACCUUUGCUGAUGGGCAGUGGUAAAGGGCCAUGAUACUUUUUAGGAAGGCUGGUGGGAGCCCCAUUUUGGCCAGAGUUUGUUCCAUGUAUCCCCAGUGCAAGCGGUCAAACGCCUUUUCGGCGUCCAACACCAGCACCAGGCCCUGUUGAGAGGAUUGGUUUGCCCAGUCGAUGAGGUUUAGAAAGUGGGGUGUUGUCACCCACUUGCUUACCCGGCACAAAUCCCGCCUGCUCAGCGGAGAUAAGUGUAGGGAAGAGCAUUUUGACCCGUGUGGCUAGCAUUUUAGCGUAUAAUUUAGUGUCCGAAUUAAGAAGAGAUAUCGGUCUCAGAUUGGCACACUGAUUUGAGGGUUUGUUAGGUUUGGGUAAUGUGACAAUAAAAGUUUCCAGCAUUUCUCGAGGCAUUUUUCCAGUCUGUUUAAUGUCAUUGAAUAGUCUUAGGAGGUGGGGUGCUAACUGGUCUGUGAAUUUGAUGUAGUAGUAAUUGGAGAGGCCAUCUGGACCUGGGGAUUUGUGCUUAGGGAGUGAUUUGAUGGCUUCCCUGAUUUCUUCGUCAGUAAAGGGACAGGUCAGGUAUGCACUCAAGUCUGGAGAUAUGCAGGGAAGGGAGACUCUUUCUAGGAAAGAAUCUAUUUCUGCUUUGGUAGGUUGGUGUGCUUCUGGGUCUGUAUGCAGUUGGUAUAGUGACGCAUAGUAUUCCGCUAAUGUAUUCACUAUGUCUUGGGGGUUGUAGAUCUUGUCACCGCUUUUGGAGAAUAUGUAGGGAAUCUUGGAUUGGAGGUAUUUUUUGUUUCAAGCGGCCAGCUAGCAGUUUGCCCGCUUUAUUCCCUAGUGUGUAGUGAGAUUGUUUCAGGUAUCGCAUAUGUUUCUCAGUCGUUUGUAGUUGCAACUCGCGUAAUUUGGUCUUGAGUGUCUGUAGUCGUGUGUGGGUUUGCUUGGAAGGGUUUGAUUUGUGACGGAGUUCAGUGUCUGUAAUUUCUUGAGUGAGUUUUGUUUGUUCUGUGCCCGCUGCUCUUUUGGUGUUGGCUCCCAACUUGAUGAAUUCUCCCCUCAUAACUACCUUGUGCGCGACCCAUUGUGUUGCCAGUGUGGUUUCACAAUGUGUAUGAGCCUCAAAGUAUGUUUCUAUUGUGUCUCUCAAGUGCGUAAAAUGGUGCGGGUCUUCUAGUAGGGCCUCGUUUAAGCGCCAAGUGCCUCUUCCCCUCGCCGGGUGUGGUUUCUUCAUUGUUAUUUCCAGGGGGGCAUGAUCCGACCAUAUGAUAGGGCCAAUGUGCAUGUCUAUAGCGUGUGGUAGUGUGCUCCUGUCAAAGAGGCAGAGAUCAAUUCUGGAGUAUGUCAUGUGGACUGGGGAAUAAAAUGUAUAGUCUCUUAUACCCGAGUAUAGAUUACGCCACACGUCAUAGUAGUCAGAGGAGUGCAGCAGGUGUGUCAAGUGUCUGCUCAAGGACAGUGUGGAUUGUUUAGGAGGUCGAUUUUGUACCCGCUGCAUGUCUAUGUGCGGGUCAGGCGUGCAGUUAAAGUCACCACAUAUAAUAGUGUGUCCCGUUUUGAAUUGGUCUAAUUUGCGGAACGCUUUGGUCAGGAAGUCUUUUUGCGUGUCAUUUGGUGCAUACAGGGAGGCUACCAUCAGUUGGAGGCCGUUUAAUGAGCCCACUAAUAUUAACAGCCUGCCAUCUUUGCUGACGUAUUGUUUGGAUGGCGUGAAUACCCAGUCCCCAUGAAAAUAGAUUGAAACCCCUUUGGACUUAGUUGUAGCCAUGGCAUGAUAGGCUUGACCAUAUUGUUUGAACUUAAAGGUAGGUGGUUUACGUAUAGUGAAGUGAGUCUCCUGGAGACAUACUAUAGCCGCCCUGGAGCGAAACAUUUCUUGUGACAGCAACCUGCGUUUAUGCGGGCUAUUGAGACCCUUGACAUUCAUGGAAAUAAUUUUUAGGGUAUUAUCCAUAUUGUGUGGAUAGCGGUUUGCUAAAUCGUGGGAAGCAUGUUUGCUCUGACAGUGGUAUAGGGCUGCUAGGAGGGGGUGGAGUGACAAGGGAACACAGAAACGUUGGUAGGGAUAACAUAAGUAAACUUUUCAAAACAUAACCAAAGUAUUUACAUAGCGCCCUCAUGACGAUCGGCGCCUUCUCCGGCUGAGACGCAGACCAGCCUUCUGUGCUGGUAUCUGCGCUCAUCCGUGGGGGUGCGCUCGGUGUUAAGAGCGGGGGUGAGGAUGACUUACAUGCUAAUUGGGGGUACACAGCCCUUGCAUAAUCACUGCGUGUUGCCUAGAUAUACAUGUUAUCAUACGUACAGUCCCAGGGGCUCCCCCCUCCUCCCGUUUCUGCUACAAUCAGCCAGUUACAGCACGUGGUCUGGUAUUACAUGGGCCAUGUGCUUUUUCCCUCAUACCAUGUGUGUCAAAUUGCAUAUGUCAUAUUUACGUGAGGUUGAUCAACAUAGCAUAUGUUGGGUGAGGAAAGAGUCCCUGGAGCAGAGUCCUUUAUGCUUUAGUCGGCGAUCCCGCCAUGUGCCAUUCUGCUUGCAUUCUUUGUUGUGGUGCAGUAGCGGCCGCUACCGUCGUUUGUGUUGGGAACAAUCCCCAUUCUCAUAUUAGGCGCAUGCCUACUUCUGGUUCAUUAACCGUGUGGUUCUUGUUGUUUCUCCAUAUUAUGAUUUUCGUCGGGUAUCCCCAUCUGUAUUGGAUGUUGUGGUUCCUUAAGGUUUUUGUCACCGUUAUGAACUCCCUUCUCCUGGCCAUUGUUAGAGCUGAUAAGUCCGCAUAGAUGUUAAUGUUAGUGUACGGUUCAGGUAGCUUGUCCAGGUUGCGUGAUGCUGUCAGCAGAGCAUUCUUGGAGGUGAAGUAGUGAAACCUUGCAAUCACAUCACGAGGCGUAUCUUGUGCCAGCCUCGGUGGUCGUGGUAGUCGGUGAGCUCGGUCCAGUAGCCAUGUUCCGUCGGCUAUGUCAGGCUGUAAGGUGGUGCAAAGCCCUUUGAGAAAUGAGGGAAGUUCCUCUAGGCCCACUUUUUCUGGUAUCCCGCGGAAUCUGACAUUGUUCCUUCGGGACCGAUCCUCCAAAUCCGCCAGCUUGCGUUUGAGCUGUAGUUGUUCCUCCACUAGGUGCUGUACUGUACUUGCCAGCACAUUCUGCUCACUGCAUAUGUUGUCUGUGCGGACUUCAAGCUGGUUUGUGCGCUCACCCAGGUCAGAUAUUUCUCUUUUGAUUUCACUGGUCGCCUUUUUAAGGUCAGAUUGAAGAGUGACCCUAAAGUCCUGUAACAUGAGGUACAGUCGUUUUUCUGUCACUGGGGCGUCCGUGUAUGGACAGGUUUCCCCUUCUGGCUCGAGUGUGCCUUCAGUUAGUUGCGAGCAGGCUGGUCCGUCGUCGCCAUCUUGUGCAGGCCGCAUGCGGUCUUUCCUUGCGGAUCGAAUUUGAUCCGUCAAUUUUGUUUGUUUGGCUGGGGCCAUGAUUGUGAUCGCGUUCUUGAGCUUGAUUGCCUCUAGUGGGCUGUGUAUGAUAGGAGUGAUUUGCUUUUAAGUCAUCCGAAGCGCGGAGCUCUCACUCCAUGCGACCGCUUGCUUCGGCAGUUGGCCACGCCCACCUCGGAGCUAUUUUUUUUAAGUGACAUUAUCAGUGUUAUUCAUUGAAGAAUAAAAAGUGAAGUAGUUAUUAAACUGAAAGCAUAGUGGACAGAGAAUUUUCCAGUUCAACUCUUUAUACUUAAGUUUGAAAUUCACUUUCCAUUCUCACUUUAGUAAAUAGCCCAUUACCUGUGUGACUAUUGACAAGCAUCAAACACUAGCUAAUUCGCUCAAUUUAGAGGGACACUAGCUACCAAAACAACUUUAGCUUAAUGAGGCAGUUUUGGUGUAUAGAACAUGCCCCUGCAGUCUUACUGCUCAAUUCUUUGCCAUUUAGGAGUUAAAUCACUUUGUGUAUGUAGCCUAAUCACGUCUCCCUGAAUGUGACUUACACAGCCUUCCAUAAACACUUCCUGUAACAAGUCAUCUAAUGCUUACACUUCCCUUUAUUGCAAAUUUCUGUUUAAAUUAGAAUUCCUUAUCUCCUGCUCUGCCAAUAGCUUGCAGGAGCCUCCUGUAUGUAAUUCAAGUUCAAUUAACAAAGCAGGAAAUACAAACUUUUAAAGUGAGUUACAUCUCAUUGAAAAUAUAACCAUUUUGUUUUCAUGCAGGCAUGUGUCAGUCACAGCCAGGGGAGGUGGAGGGACUGCAUAAACAGAAACGAAAGUGAUUUAACUCCUAAAUGGCAGAGAAUUGAGUAAUGCAACUGCAUGAUCUACACACCAAAACGGUUUAAGUUAAAGGUGUUUUGAUAACUAGUGUCCUCUUUAACCAUGUGUUCUGUUUAUUUGCAGAUUACUUUGACAGUUUACUGCUCAAGCCAAAGAAAGAAUUAUUAGACACUCCAAAUAAAGUGCAUGGUCUAACCAAGUCAGAAUCUUACCUCCAGUCUGUUUCCAGUGAUUUAAAACGUCCAAAGGUAAAAUAAAAAACCUCACGCACCUUUAUGUAAAGAUGCCUUGAGGACUGCUUUGGGAACAACGGUCUUCAAACAUACAUGGGCCAGUAAGGAUCCCCAUAGGAACAAAUGGGUAUUUUACACCAGCAAGCUUCUGUCCAUUCAAGCAGAUUCUGAUGGACUCCAAUUUAGAGCUCCUACAGAUCACAGGCAGUUUGGAUGUAUUUGCUAGAUAUUUUACCCUCUAAAAUGUAGAAAAAGUGCCCUUUAUUAUUGGCCAUUAACUCUAUUUACCUUUGUAUUGUAGCAGCUGCCCUUAUGAUGAGAGAUCAGAGUCUUCCAGCAACAACAUUUCCGAAGAGGACGGAUGUAUUGUGUGCUUUAUCAACCCCACAGAUUGACAAUUUGUGAGAUCAAAUGAAAUGAGUGGAAUACAUUAAUUCUAUGGAGAUUCAGUAGCUUUAAGUAUUAUGGUUAAUGAUGAACAGUCAUGUUUUAAACUUUAUUUAAAUCCCAUAUUAAAAAAAAAAAUCAGGUAUUAUACUCUAUAUAUUUGGAUCAGUUCAGCACAUUUUAACAAUGUGCAGAGGACGGCAUUAGUUACAAGUGUAUCCAAAUUCAUGUGCCCUUGAGGUUUCACGUCUCUGCAAAAUGCUUGUGAAAAUUUGUAAUGUCAUAUUGUAGACUGACAUGCAAACGAAAUCAUGCAGGUAGUGGAAGAUGGCAAUACAUCACCCGUUACAAUGUCAUUAGUGUUUACUGGGCUGGAAACGGUCAAUUCCUUUAAGAGAUUGUACCUGUAUUAUCUUUAACGCCUGGAUCUCAGGAUGGUAAUUUGGACAGAUCACCUAAAAACUUUGAUAACCAAUACUACAAAAGUUGUGUUUACAGGUUUGUAGUUAAAUACCUUAAUGACAAAAUCAAGCCAAUAUGAAUAAAGUGUUUGUUAUGGUCAGGUGCUAUACAAUGGAAUUUACUAUUCAUCUAUCCUCAAAUCACGGCCUUUUUAAAUUGCUGGAUGCCAGAUUCGAGUAAUGUCAUGCAGUCCCUUGCUUCACACAUUUCAAGCCUGGCUGACAGGUUUCAUGGUAUUUCCAAGGCAGCUUCUGCAUUUUGUCCUACUCUGAUUGUAUCCACAGUGCAUUCACUGUCUAAAGUAGGCUUCCCAAAACGCCAGCCCUUCAGAUGUUGCUGAACUACAACUCCCAUGAUCCUUAGCCUAUUUCAUUCAUAGAAUCAUUGGAGUGGUAGUUCAGCAACAUCUGGAGGGCUGGAGUUUGGGGAAGCCUGGUCUAAAGCAAGUACAAUCACAUUAAAACAG